AUGUAACAAUAAUUAUUAAAGCCUUAAUCUAAAGAACAUGCCCUUUAAAUAUUACAAUAGGGAUUUCAAAUGUAUUAAUAAUAAGGACAUGUGAGUUUUAAUGAAAAUUCUGCUUUAUCACAAUAACAAGAAAGGAUGAGUUUCAACGAAUAGAAGAUAAAAUCUCAUCCUAAAGUUCACAAUGUUUUUGAUAAUCAGAAGAGAAUUAAAAAUAAUUAACAUUUAAUUGAGUAAAGUCUAGUUGGAAAUAGAUUUGAAAUUCCUAUUUUACCUUCAGGAAAACAUCUGAAAUUUAAUGUUCUUUCAAAUUGGGGAGAUAAAUAACAAGUUGGUUUAAAUGGAAUAGAAGUAUUUGAUUCAUAAGGAGGCAAUAUUACAAGAUAUAUUAAAAUGCCUAUGUAAGAUGAAUAUAUAGAGAAAUUGAAGUUGAUUGACGGUUAUUAGGCAGUUAAAGAUGAUAAACAUAUUUGGAAAACUAAGAAUUUAAAACCAGAAAUCGUCAUAGAUUUAACUGCAAAUAUCAAAAUAUCAUUGAUAAGAAUAUGGAAUUAUAAUAAAUCUAGGAUUAGAUCUUAUAAAGGUGUGAGAUUAUUAAAAAUAACUCUAGAUGAAAGAUUAGUAAACUAUUUAUGUAAUAUUUUAGUUAGAUAUUUUAUGGAGAUAUUUAGAAAGCAACAGGAGAUCUAAAAAAGUUUUAAGAUAAUUGUGAAUAUAUUUUAUUUACAUAAGAUUCAAAAAUUAUUAGUAGAAUUGCUGAAUUAGAUUGGUUAAAUAAAAGAGCUGAAGAUUAUUCUAUUUAAAUUUUAUAAUAGACUAUGAGUAUCUAAUAAAUUAGACCGAAUACAGGUACUAAGUUGUAGUCAUAAAAUUAAAAAUAAUAUAGUGAUUAGUCUCCUUCAUCAAAAUUAUAUUCAUCUAAAAUUUAUUAAUAAAAAAAUAAUGGAUAAGAGUAACCUAUGUAAAUUUAAAGACAAUAAUAAUAUCAAUAAUAAUAAUACUAAUAAUAUUAGGUAUAAAAAUAAGAAAAAAUAGCAACGCAAUAAUAUCCUGAAUAUAUUUCUGUUUCUGAUAUAUUGUUAGAAUUUAAUAAUGGGUCAAAAAGAUUUUUAGGAUUGAAUGGAAUGGUUUUGAUUGAUUGCAAAAAUUAACAAAUUCUUUAAGAUGAUAUUUUAGAUUCUAAUUUAAUUGAUUAUGAUUUGUAAAGACUAUUUUAUUCUAAUAAUCCAACUUAAGUAGAUUCAUCAAAUAUGGUUUGGUUAAAAUAAAAGAAAAUCUUUAUAAAAUUCAAAUAAUAAACAAAGUUAUCUAUGAUUAAGUUUUAUAAUUGUAAUUAAAUUGUAAGUGAAUCAACAUUUACUGGACCAGAAAUAGUAAAGAUUACUUAUAAUGGAAAAUCCAAAAUAUAUAGUAUUAAUUAGUUAUAAUUUUAGAUUUGAGACCUGCUCCAUGUGAAGAUAUUAAUUUUGUUUAAACAAUAAAUUUAUCAUAGCCAAACAAUAAUUCUUAUUCUGGGAAUUUGAUGGUUAAUUAUGAAUAAUUUAAUUAAAAUUAUAUUAUUGCUUAUCCUCCUUGUGGGAUGCUUGUAACAAUUUAUUUGGUUAAUACAUGGGGAGAUAACAAUUAUAUAGGUUUAAAUGGAAUAGAAAUUUAUGACAAUUAAGGAUAAGCAUUAUUAUAAAGAAAGAUUAUAGGUUAUACUAUUCAUUCAGUUCCAUAAGUAAUUAAUUAAUAAUAUAAUUUUAGUUAGAUGAUGAUCCAAGAGUUGUUUAGAAUUUAGUAAUUCCUCCUUAUGAUAUUAAUUGUCAACCAUAAAAAAGUUUUUUAGCUCCAUUUAUCAACACACCAAUGGAAAAAUUAAAAAAUAAGAAUGCAAUAAUAAUAUAAAAGGCAAGAGAUUUAGAAAGAUAAGAAAUAAAUAAGAUUUAUGUAUUAUUUGACAAACUUACAUCUUUCAGUGGCAUAGACUUUUAUAAUUAUACUAAAGAUUGGUAAAGAGGUGUAAAAGAGGUUCAUAUAUAUAUUAAUAAUCGAUUGAUUUAUUAAGUACUUUAUUAAUAUAUACAUUUAGGGUAAUAUCAACUAAACCUUCCAAGAUAUCAAAAAGAAUAUAUUUAAUAAAACUACUAUAUUAUUUUCAGAUUCCAACUAAAUUAAAUAAUAAUUAAAUCCAUAUUUCUAUCAAUUUCCAGAAGAGUAGGUUUCUUUAAUUGAUGAGAAUAAAUAAUUGACCUAAAGAGAAUAUUAAUAAUAUUUCCCAUAAUAAUUGAUUAGACCUAAAACUAGCGUUAAAUGA